UGAAGUGCCUGAUCCUGCCUAAAUUUGGAAGCUAAGCGGGGUCAGGCCUGGUUGAAAUCUGGAUGGGGGACUGAAAUGGUGUGAACCACCCAGAGAGUUUGGCUACAGAAGUGAAGAGUAGUAGUAAAAGUAGUACGGGGGAAGGGGAAGGGGACUGGGAAGGAGAAACUAGGCUGAUUGUCAGUGAUGGUUGUCUUGGGAGCUUAACAGCUUAAUGAGGACUAGAACCCAGAUUUCCCAAGACCAGCUUCCCACCGAGCAUCCCCAGGAGCUGCAGUCCCAACACAUCUGGAGAACACCAGGCUGGCGAAAGUCUCCUUUAGAACCUCCCCCCCCCACAAAAAAAAGGCAAAAUGUGCAGAAAUAUGUGUCGAGGAUGUUAUAAACUGUGUGUUCUAGACUGUUUGGCCCAGCCAGGCAUUAUUAGUAAACAAACUGCGCUGUAAGUUUGGCUUUCUCAAGUUUUGGUAUUUCUGAUGAUAGUCCUGCAAAUGUUUGGAGAAGAUGAAUCCGAAUGGUGUGGUUUGCCUUAACUCUUGGGUUGAAUUCUUGGAUUUUUUUUUUUUUUAAAUAGGAGCAGCAUAAUCAGACCGGGCGUCUUUGUGAGCAGAUUGUUUCUGUGUGGUCUUCUUUUGUUAGGGUGGUUUAGGGUCUCUGAAAGCCCUCCUCGCUCGCCCACCCCCUGCUCGGGGCAGUGCCAGCUGCCUCUUCAUGCAGAAAACAGUCAGCAUGUGACAGCGAGCUUAAGAAAGCCCAAACCUAGCCCUCCAUAGAUCUUUCCCCAGCUUUCUUCACCUCCAGCUUUUGCAGGUUUUUUCCUCGGACCUCUAAGCUAUAUUUCUUUAUCCGGGCAUAUUCCCCACUCCUUCCUCAAAAAUGAAGAAGGGAAUUCGAAGUCAUAUUCUUGAACACCGAGCUGAGAUUUGACAUGCAGAAUUGCAGUUCCGAGCUUGGAAAUAAUUUUAACAAUAGACCAUAUGGGAGUCCUAAACUCUCAGGCUUUUAUUAUUAAGAAGGUGGAAAAUAUAGCCUCAUACUGAAUGGAUACCCAGCGUAAACGAAUGCCACAAGGCAGGCUUGCUGGAGGUUGUGGGGCAGGAGGAGUUCAGAUGGUCCUUUGAAUAUAAUAACUUAACAUCUUGGCCUGCAUCCCAGCUGCCAAGGGUGAGCCAAGAAAUAGCACGCUGCGGUCCCGGGCGCAAGCUCGGCUGCUCUCACUUCAUCCGCCUCAAGCCCCGAUUCUGUCAUUCUUUCCCCAUUUCCUUUUUCUCUUCCAUUUUCUUCUUUUUCUCCUUUGCAUUCAGACGCUUCCUGCCAUUUAUUCCCCUUGCCAGGGUUUUUCUUCUGUGCUGCUCCGAACUGGGAGCGAGCUGACAGGGCAGGGCGAAGUAAAAAGGAAACCGGCCGGCUCUUGAAUUGAACUCACUUUCCAGUUUGAGGAUGGGCUUGAAUUUCUUCAGUAUUCUGCGGUUGCAUCUGCGUUUUCUCUGCUGGGGUUAUAUUUUCCUUGGUCUCAGGUAAUGUUGCAUGUUGCCCCAGGGCGAAUACCCCCUGUUGGUAGCUGAGUGAUCCCUGCUGGUUCUUCACUCUGCAUCUUUAGAAACCACGGUCCAUUGAAGGCUGUUGUGAUUUCAAUGGAACAUCAUGGGGUGUACCUGGCCCGUCGGGCAGCACGGGAUGGAGGUGCCUUUAGCCCAGUGUACCUGGCAUGGUGAUAAAGCGAACAGGGAAAGGAAGAGAAGGUGGAGAUGGAACUGUCAAACCAUGCCAAACAACUGCUGCUGCAGCUGAACCAGCAACGAGCCAAAGGUUUCCUCUGUGAUGUGAUCAUCGUCGUAGAAAAUGCCCUUUUCCGUGCCCAUAAGAAUAUCCUGGCAGCCAGUAGCAUGUAUUUCAAAUCCCUCGUCCUGCACGACAACCUGAUCAACUUAGAUACUGACAUGGUCAACCCUACUGUGUUCCGGCAGAUCUUGGACUUUAUUUAUACUGGCAAGCUCUUAAUGACCGACCAGCCUGGGGAACAGAACUUUAAUGCUCUCCUCACCGCCGCAAGCUACCUCCAACUCCCCGACUUAGCCGCCCUUUGCCGGAAGAAGCUGAAACGCAACGGGAGGUCCUUCGCUGGCAGGGCCGGCGGCACCCCCAGUGUGGGGAGACCCCCUCGGAGUCAAAGACUUUCCACCACUUCGGUCAUCACGCGUUAUUCAGGGUCCACCGAGGGGAUGAAGGGCUCUCACUCCAAGGAGAUGCCAAAGGGAAAGAUCUCGGACGACGAGCUCUUCCUCAGCAGCUCCAACCAAGAGAAUCCGCACGCCUUGAGCAGGGGAAUCAGCAAGAACGGAGGCGAUGGGAGCAGUGGCAGUGGGGACCAGGAACUGGGCCUCGACCUGUCCAAGAAGAGCCCCUCGCUCCCCCCCGCUGCCUCCCAGGACGACGCGCAGCGCAGCGAAAGCCAGCGUGGUUCCCCCCGACCUGCCUCAGCCCCCACAGCCAACAGUGCCUCAUCCUUCGAAGAGUCCGCCGCCGGAGCGCCCCCAAACCUGGCCGACAACUGUGAACCCAUGGAAAUGGACCUGGGCGAGGACCGGCAGCCGCUCCCGGAGGGCAACCAGCGGAAGAGCCUGCGCCAUUCGUCCCGCAAGAAGGAGUGGAUCAAGAAGGACAGUGCCUUCGACCGGAAGGAGGGCGGCGGCAAAGGCGGCGAGGAGAGCGAGGGGCUGCCCAACGGGAUCCCGGUGGGCCCCUUGUGCAAGUCGGCGGAGCGGGGCCUAGGCCUGGGUGCCUACGGGUCGGAGCUGCCCUUUCCCUGCAAAGAGGACGUGGAGAACGGGAAGGAGAACAGCGACGAGAGCGGGCAGAGCGAGAGCGAGAGCGGCGGGCACACGAGUGCCAACUACGUCUACCGGCAGGAAGGCUACGAGCCGGUGGCCUUUGGGGACAACCUGUACGUUUGCAUCCCGUGCGGGAAGGGCUUCCCCAGCUCCGAGCAGCUGAACGCCCAUGUGGAGAAACAUACUGAGGAGGACCUCUACAUCAAGGAGGAAGGGACAUACGACGAGAAGGAGGAAGAGGCCGAGGAUCUGUCCAACCCCAACCAGCCCUACACCACAGAAUCCCGGCCCUUCAAGUGCUCCGUGUGCGAGAAGAGCUACAAAGAUCCGGCCACCCUCCGGCAGCACGAGAAGACUCACUGGCUGACGCGGCCGUUCCCUUGCAACAUCUGCGGCAAGAUGUUCACGCAGCGGGGCACCAUGACGCGGCACAUGCGCAGCCACCUGGGCCUCAAGCCCUUCGCGUGCGAGGAGUGCGGGAUGCGCUUCACCCGGCAGUACCGGCUGACGGAACACAUGCGCGUCCACUCAGGGGAGAAGCCCUACGAAUGUCAGCUCUGCGGCGGGAAGUUCACCCAGCAGCGUAACCUCAUCAGCCACCUGCGAAUGCAUACCUCUCCCACAUAAAACCAAAGACACUGCAAGAAGGUCUGAGCCCCCCGGCCAUAGAGAUAACCUUUCCCCAGACCUGCUGCUUUAAAAACAAAACGGAAAAGGAAAGAAACGAAACGAAAAACGAAGGGCCGUUCCCUUCCCUGUUCAGUCAUGGGGGAGUCGCUCAACCAAACAGAGCUUUAUUUCUUUCUCUUCCCCCUCCCUCUCCCCUUCCCCCCCUCCACCAAAUAUACAAAGAAAAAAGCACCCCCCUUUAAGCUGCUCCCCCCUCCCCAUGUUUGCGUUUUCCUGCUGUCCAGGCAUAGUGCGCCCUGCCAGUGUCCUGCUAGCUUGAGGGGAAAGGUCUGUGAGCCCAGGUAGCCGGGGACAGAGAGAGGAAGGGAGAGAAGGUUUUCCCCCCCAGCUGAUGCUUUUUGGAAACCUGGCCCCCUCUUUGAGCCUGAAAGGAGGGGCCUGGUCACUUCCCCCCUCUCUCUUUGCUUUCUUAGCACUUUGGACUCGUAAUUACAAAGCGCAGUCCCGGUGUGAUGCCCAUUGCGCUCGUUGACCUUGGCUGAUCCAAAUGAGCCCACAGCUUAUCAGCGGGCGCUCGUCUCCCCAGGAGCCCCCGUGCAGUUUUUGCUUUGGGUUUUGCUUUGUUUUCUCCUUUUGGUAGUCCUUCCAAGACUCCUCCCUCAGAAAAGGACAGAUGCCAUGGCCAUUGGCUGAAGCAGAGAAGAGUUUUCUCGGUGGCAUGAUCCAUGCACGGGCUUCUCCGCAAGUUGUAAGAGGAAUGGUAUCAGCCGGAACGUGGCGUUCCCCAGUCUGCCCACCUUUUCCGUGGCGGAGCGUGUCCAUUUUAAUGUUGGCACAGCAAACACGUACCUCUUCUCCUCUAACCUCAUCACCCCCCCUCCUCUCAACCUCUUUAGCCUUAUCCAUGACUGAAUGGGGGCUGGGUGCCCCCUGGGGAAUUUCUUUCACAUGAGCAGGGGUCAUUUUUGUUGUUUUCCCUACUAAUUUUGUAUGAAUAUUCUUUGCUUAGAGGUACUUGUUUUAUUAAGAGAGAAACAAACCGUUGUUAACGUUUAUGUCAUUGUUGGAACUGGAAGGUCUGAGGUAAACUGUAUGGAGCAGGUGGGAAGUAGGCAAGAUUUAGGCUGGGAUUGCUACAAGUUCCUUUAGGUACUUUUUUCUAUUAUUAUUAUUUUGUGCGUGCAUGCGUGCGUCGGUGUGUGUGCGUGCGUGCAUAUGCGUGUUUAGUUUUUUUCUCCCUCACUAAAGAACGGGUCAGAAUGGAUAGCCCUGUUCCCUUUGCUACCUCUUGAAUUCAUGAGAACAAUAAGAUGGUUAGUGAAAUAUUAGGUGUGGCGUUUUGUUCUCCCUUGUCCUUUCCCACCGCAAAAUUGUAAGUAAGUGUACAAAGUAGAGAUUAAAUUAAAAGUUAAGGGAUUUUUUUUUUACCACCUUGUCCUUCCAUCAAGAAGUCAGCUAAAAUAAUUAUACAAAAAAACUUGGCCAAAGACAAUAGGUAUAUUAUAACCAGGCAGGCCCGAGUGAAUAGCGCUUGUAGGGGUUACUGGUUUUCACCAAAUUACUGAUUUUGUUUUUCUCUAUCCGUGAGGAAACUUGUUUUUUUAAUGAGCUUUUGGGCUCUUUCCAGCCUCGUUUAUUGAACCUGGAUGCUGUGGGUGGAAAAUGUCUCUUCCCCGUGGCUUUCCCAGUGCAUCUGGGUUAGCACAGAACCAUCCGACGGGUGAGAGACCGACCUAGCCGGCGACAAGUCGCUGAAGUCCAGAGUGCAAUAUACACAUGGGGGAAGCCCAACCAAAGUGUUUCAUAUCCUCCCUUUUUUUUAGGGGUUGUGGGUGUGCGGUUUUCUGCUUUUAUUGUCGUUGUUGUUGUUUGUUGUUAUUAUUAAGGAAAUCUUAACACGUGCACACAAGUUGGAAAAAUGGAAGAGAGACCAUUCUCACAGCAUCCGUAGAAGACAUCACGGCCAACAGCUGCUAUAGGUUAGGAGAAGAGGAGCAGGCUUCCACCUGCCAUUUUGUGGCCCCUCGUCUUGGUUGGCGUGAACUUUUGUGCAAAGUGAUGGCUUCCCCCCCACACACACACCACACACACUUAUUCGGGUGGACUGCGGUGGUAAAAAUGUUGCAGUCCCUUUAGAACCCUGUCUAAAUUGAGUAAGGUUUACAUGUUUUUUUCCUCUUUAACUUCCUUGUUCAAAACCAUUGUUCUUUUUAUGAUGCUGAUUAAUAUUAAUAUUAAUAUUAUUAUUAUUAUUGGUAGGGUUUACCAAAGCCCUGUGUCUUCUUUUUUUCUUAAGAAAAAGAAAAAGAAAAAAAACUUUUUUGUCUUUUUAUGUUUAGACCAAAAAAAAAAAAAAAAGGUGAGCAUGUUCGAAUAAAAGAUGAGCUUUCUUUUCUUCUUUUUCUUCUCCCUCCCACGCCUUUAAAUGCCCCCCCCCCCAUUAAGAGAGUGACUAAUCUGUAAAAGUAUUCUGGGUCACUUUGAAUGGAUCAAAGACAUCUUGUGUCCAGAGCAUCAUGUAUGCAGGUUAAACCUAUCCGUGUUGAACUUGGACGUGGGACAGGAAAUGCAGUUUGCUUUCCCCUCCAUCAUCCUACAGAGCUGUGCCCCACUCAUCCCUGGGGGCUGCUUGAUAACUCCAUCUACCCCCCCCCCGUUAUUCAAGUGCCACAAUUUCACUUUCGCUCGAUGUUGUGGGUCACUAACAGAGCACUAAUGUGAAAAGAAAUCCCUCGCACUCUCAUCUUAUCAAAUGAUGCUUUCUCCUUCUUUUUUUAAAUAUCAUUGCCUGCUUUAUGGGGGGCGGGGUAAUGAAGCAAAGUAAAUGCCCCCGGUGAACCUUCACCUGGACAGUGCCAUACAAUUUGCAUGGCGUUCCCAAGUCAUGGAGAGCUUCGCUGAAGCUCACUCCGUGCCUGCCCUGCCCCAGCCGGUGCGAGGACGUUCUUGCUGGCGGUGGAGCUUAGAACAGCAUGAUGGACGGAUGGGUUAGUGGACUGUGGUGUCUGGGUUGGAUCCCCCAAAUGCCUCCUGCGUGGCCCCUAUUGAGCUUGGUUCAACAAGGAGGCAGGAGCAGAGCUGCACUGCACCACCAGCCCCAGUGAAUUGCAGGCGAUCCAGUAGCAACCCGCUGGGUUUUGUGUUCUCCUUGCCAGAAGAGGCCCUCAACCUAGCAACCAUGCUGUGAUAUUUUGGGGUUGAAUCCCCUCCAUGAGCAGCUUCUGCUCAGGGGCACAGCUGUAAAAUUUUUAUUUCAGACCCACGUAAACCAGCAGGCUUUGGUUUGUUCCCCACCCUACUGCUCACCUCUCAAAUAUCCAGACCUUUCCUGACUCUUGAGAUGCCUUGGAGCAAAAGACCUGAGCCAGUAAUCUGGUGUUUGAAGUCACGAAUUGAUAUCACUCUGCCUUAUUCCUACCUCGCCGCCCGCCCCCCUCCAAAGGAAAAGAGGAAGCAGAACAAUGCAUGGCCUCCUUCCACCACCACAACCCCAAGCCCCAACACCACCAGACACUUCCUGUCGCAGUUACAGAGCGACAGCAAUGCUUGCCAUUCCAUAGUUUCUGUGACGUUCCCCCGCCACACUUCCCCGUCUCCUUCCAACUGGUGUUGACCACAAUAAGCGGUAGUGUGACCAAGCUGAAGAGCUGGUAGAAGAGAUCCGUGUAAGGUGUGAGAGUAGACCUUUUGCUGAGCCAAGGUAGCAGGUGACUUCCAAGUGGUAGUGUAGAGGUGCGCUCCCACACGUCGAGUUGCGUGUUAGUAGCAUCCAGCCAUUUACUUCCUGGUGGCGAAAGGGUGCCAAAACUUUUGUCCUGGAAAGUUAUGUGAAACCGCAUCCUUGUAUGCUUGUAUUCCCAUCGGAAUAAGUUGCUGCUUGGUAAAAUGUCCAUCUUUAGUUAUCCAAAGAGGAGCCCAAAAAUGUAGUGAGUGCAAAGAGCAAACUAUACCUCGAUCCUUCCGAAUUUUAUUAGAUUUCAAUAGUUGUGUGUGGUGCGGGUGGGUAGAAACAUUAGGGUUGGUUUGGAGUUUGUGUUGUUCUGGUUUGAAGUUUUGGAAUCUUGAAGUUUCCGGACCCAUUUGUGUUGGGGUUGCUUUUCUUUUUAUUAUAAUUAAUAUUAUAAUUAUUAUUAAA